AUGAUCGUCUAUUUGAUGGCGGUUGUUUUGGCCUUAUCAUUCACUUCAACGUUGCCAUCGGCAUUGGCUAAAACACCAGAGUAUGCGAUUGAGAAAUGCUGUGGUGUUAAAUACACGGAAUGCUGCAUGGAUUCGUUGCGUUUCACUCGACCGUUGCACUGUGAUGGUAUGACGUUGAGGGCAAAAAUCGACGUUAUCGACUGCAUUCAGAGUGAACUGCAUGGCGCAUCUCAACUCAGUGUUCUGAACUUCACCGAUACGACGUGCUGUGAGGUGUUUGCUGAUAACGAUAACGAUCUGAAUUCGGAAUGCGAGAAUGUUUGCGUUUCGGUGAUGCAAAUGGCUGGUUUGAGGAACGAUCAAAAGUUAAUGAAGAUCAAAAUGUGUCUAAGACGGAAUCCACUUCAUCGCGUUAGUCAAUUGGUUUCAUGUAAUAUGUUCAAGUUUUAA